GCCCUAGCCCCUGCCCCAGCUAUGGCUCCUGGGGCUCCCUCGUCCAGCCCCAGCCCUAUCGUGGCUGUACUGCUCUUCUCCUCUUUGGUGCUGUCUCCUGCCCAGGCCAUUGUGGUUUACACGGACAGGGAGGUCCAUGGUGCUGUGGGCUCACAGGUGACACUACACUGCUCCUUCUGGUCCAGCGAGUGGGUCUCAGAUGACAUCUCCUUCACCUGGCGCUACCAACCAGAAGGGGGCCGUGAUGCCAUCUCGAUCUUCCACUUCGCCAAGGGGCAACCCUACAUCGACGAGGUGGGGGCCUUCAAAGAGCGCAUCCAGUGGGUAGGGGACCCUCAAUGGAAGGAUGGCUCCAUAGUCAUACACAACCUGGAUUAUAGUGACAAUGGCACUUUCACCUGUGAUGUCAAAAACCCACCAGACAUAGUGGGCAAGACGUCUCAGGUCACACUCUACGUCUUUGAAAAAGUGCCAACUAGGUAUGGAGUGGUGCUGGGAGCCGUGAUCGGGGGUGUCCUGGGGGUGGUACUGUUGCUGCUGCUGCUUUUCUAUCUGGUACGGUACUGCUGGUUACGUAGGCAGGCGGCCCUACAGAGAAGACUCAGUGCCAUGGAGAAGGGGAAAUUGCACAAGCCUGCAAAGGACUCUAAGCGUGGCCGGCAGACGCCAGUUCUGUAUGCCAUGUUGGACCACACCAGAAGCACCAAAGCUGCCAUUGAGAAGAAGUCCAAGGGGCUGGGGGAGUCUCGCAAGGAUAAGAAAUAGCGGUUAGCGGGCCGGGCGGGGGGUCGGGAGCCAGGGGCUGAGCCCUCCAAAGGCGCUCGGGUGGUGGUCAUCGAGAUGGAGCUACGAAAGGAUGAGCAGAGCUCGGAGCUCCGGCCUGCUGUCAAGUCCCCCAGCAGAACCAGCCUCAAGAACGCCCUCAAGAACAUGAUGGGCCUGGACUUGGACAAGUGAUCACCCGCCCCCCCGACAGGCCCUGCCAGAGCACGGGGACCUAGGCUCAUCUUAUCCCCAGUCUAGGUGCUUUGCUCCCUUGCUCCCCAGCCCUGCCCUUCCCUCACCUCCCUUUGAGAUGUAAGUUUCGUUCCAAAGUUCAUUCCCCACGCACUCAUAUUCUCCCCCACCUUCACCCCCUGGCUCUCUGGGAGCCCAGGGACAGAUCCUACCCCCGACUUCAGCCCCAAGGACUGUGUGUUUGGUGCCUGUCUCUUGGGCACCGAGAAGAAAGGGACCUUGAUACCCCUUCCCCCACAACUCCAAGCCACCUGGCAUUCUCUUCCCCUGCACCACCCAGCAUGUCCCUCUGGCUCUUUCCUGUCCCCGCCUCCCUCCCCUCCAUCAGGUAGCUCAGCCCCACACUCCGUCCUCAGAGCUAACACCCAGAUCAGACUCUCCUUCAGGGUUUAUUUAGGUUGUUGAUUAUUUUUUAUUUUUUAAUCCAUGCCUUUUUUUUUAAACUUAUAUCCAUGUUCUGCCCCCUCCCCCACCCCAUGACUGAGGACCAAUGACGUCAUGUGGCUUUUGCCGUCCACCACCCCCCAUUAAGUCCUCAACAGAAGCCAGCUGUAGCUAAAGGGCCCCUGGUUCUCAAUAUCAGCUACAGGAUUGGUGCCCCCUGACUACUUUGGAGCACAGUUCUGGGACUCAAGAUCUUAGGGAAGGAGAGAGAGACAAUAGAAAGUCACAGGUCAAGGGGUAGAAGAGAAGUGAGCUAAGCCUUAACAAAUGGCUUUAAACAACCAAACAGAAAGCAGGAUUUAAAAAAAUGGGAAAUGGGGGGUAAAGGGAAGAACAGGCUACACUCUCAGCCACAGGGGACUCGUAGGAUUUUUUCUACAUUCUGUAUAUUUCUUCCCAAAACCCCAAAUGUCCUUAAAUGUUUAAUAA